AUGGCUGAUAAGUUUCCUGAGUUAGAAGACGAUCUAGUGCAAGAUGGAUUUGUUACUGGAGAUGGUGACGAAACAGAGUUUCUAAGAAGAGAAGCCGAGAUCUUAGGUGAUGAAUUCAAGACAGAGCAAGACUCCGAGCUUCUAAGUAAGGACGACUCUGAUUCAAAAACUCUUGGAACAUCUGUCAAUGAAGCAGAUGCCAUUGCAGCAGCAUCAUAUCAACCACAAGACGUCGAAGGUGUAUCGAACCCGGUAGAAGAAGAAGAAGACGACGACGAAUUCGGAGAACCACAGAGUAGUUCUGCUGAGCCUGUUGUAAGAGGGAAGUCCGAGGCUUUGGAAAACUGGAAAGCUAGACGUGAGCUUGAAAUUUCUGAAAGAGAUCAAGCUGAAGAUAAGGCCAAGGCAGACUUACAAGAGGAAGCUGCAAAACAUAUUGAUGAUUUCUAUGAAAACUAUAACAUUAAGAAGCAACAGGGAAUUGAUCAAACUCAAAAAGAAGCUGAAGAAUUCCUUGCUAAGACUCAUGCUUUUGCCUCUCAAGAUUUGACUGUUUGGGACAAAGCUCUUCAGUUGAUCAACUUGGAGGAUGCUGACAUUGUAGAUGGCAGAGAUAGAUCCAAAUUCAAGGAAAUCCUACAAAGGUUGAAGGGAAAUGGAUCCGCUCCAGGCGCCACUGGUCAAAAAUAA